AUGCUCCUUGUGGAUGCGCCACGGGCCCCGUUCCCGCCCUGUGAGACUGGGCGAUCGUCACAGAGCGCCGACCUACCGGACUCGCCAGGCGCGGCGGACAGUGCGGCCACGGAUGGCUCACAAGUCCCAAGCCAGGGAUCCGGGCCAACAGAAACGGUGCCAUCUCUCGAACGGUUCAGGGCUACGUACGUAUGGUGCGAAGAAUGGAUGGCCGCUGGGUCAGGGGACUUGCACGGCGGCUUACAAGUAGUGCUGCUACUGACUUUUAGCUGCUGGGCCCGUCCCGCGUCUGCAUCGGGCGGGCGCCUGGGACGUGCAAAUACCAUCCGCUCUGGGCAGGAGGCUCUCCGCGUCCAGCAGGGGAAGGGCGUCUAA